AUGGCCGCCGCAGCUCGCCGCCCUCCGCUUCUCCGCAUUCCAUUGCUGCUGCUGACACUGCUGCUAGGCAUCCAGCUCGCCGCGGCGCUUAACCAGGACGGCGUGCAGCUCCUCUCCUUCAAGUCCUCCCUCCUCGCCGACCCGCUCGGCUCCCUCGCCGGCUGGGGCUACGCCGACGCCACGCCCUGCGCCUGGAACGGCGUCGUCUGCCUCGCCUUCCCCGCCACCGCCACGGCCGCGGAUCAGAUGAGGGUGGUCAGCGUCAUCCUGCCCAACGCGCAGCUCGUCGGCCCCAUCUCGCCGGAGCUGGGCCGGCUCGAGCACCUCCGACACCUCGACCUCUCCGGCAACGCGCUCAACGCCACCCUCCCCGUCGACCUGUUCCGCGCGCCGGAGCUCCGCAUCCUCUCGCUCGCCAGCAACGGGCUCACGGGCCGGCUGCCGGAGGAGGUCGGCCUGCUGCGCAGCCUCCGCGCCCUCAACCUCGCCGGCAACGCGCUCUCCGGCCCCAUACCGGCCAACCUCACCCUGCUCCCGAACCUCACCGCCGUCUCCCUCGCAAGCAACUACUUCUCCGGCGCGCUCCCCACCGGCGGGUUCCCGGCGCUGCAGGUGCUCGAUGCCAGCGACAACCUGCUCAACGGCACGCUGCCGGCGGACUUCGGCGGGGCUGCGCUGCGGUUUAUCAAUCUCUCCUCCAACCGGAUCGCCGGCGCCAUACCCAUCGAGAUGGCGUCGCGCCUGCCGGCCAACGUCAGCAUCGACCUGUCCAAAAACAACCUCACCGGCGCGAUCCCCGCGGUGGCGCCGUUCGUGGGCCAGAGGGCGACGGCGUUCGCGGGCAACGACAAGCUGUGCGGGAGGCCACUCGAUAGCCUCUGCUCAGAUGCCUCCACCUCGGCCGUGGAUCCCCCCAACGUGACGACGCCAAAGUCGCCACCAGCCCUUGCUGCGAUACCCAAUGAUCCGACAGACCCAAUGCCCGGCGGUGACGCUUCCGGAGGGCCGUCAUCAGGAGGAGGACAAGGGAGGAUGAAGCUGGCCACCAUACUUGCCAUUGCCGUGGGCGACGUGGCCGGCAUCGCCAUCCUGUUCGUGGUGUUCUGCUACGUGUACCAGGUGAGGAAGAGAAGGCAGCGGCAGGAGGUGGAGAAGCAGAGGAUGGGAGCAACGGUGUUCAAGAAGCCGGAGCCACUGUCGGACGAGUCGCCGGACGCCGUCGGCCGGAGCCUGUCGUGCUGCCUACGGAAGAAGGCUGGAGACGACAGCGACUACACAGAGGACGAGCUCACGGACACGUCGGCCACCUUCGCGGCCAAGGAGGCGAACUACAACGCAGAUAAGGAAGCGAUGGCGGCCAAGAGGAAGGCGAAAGAUGGGUCGUCGGUGCUGGUGACGGUGGACGGCGAGGCGGAGCUUGAGCUGGAGACGCUGCUCAAGGCCUCGGCAUACAUCCUCGGCGCGGCGGGCGACAGCAUCGUGUACAAGGCGGUGCUGGCCGACGGCUCCGCGCUGGCGGUGCGCAGGAUCGGCAGCGAGGACGCCGGCGUGAGGCGGUUCAGCGAGUUCGACGCCCAGAUGCGCGCCAUCGCCAAGCUCCGGCACGGCAACAUCCUCCGGCUCCGCGGCUUCUACUGGGGCCCCGACGAGAUGCUCCUCAUCCACGACCUCGCCGCCAAUGGCAGCCUCGCCAACGUCUCCAUCAAGAGGAAGGCGGGGUCAUCGCCGAUCAACCUCGGGUGGAGCGCGCGUCUGCGCAUCGCGCGCGGCGUGGCAAGAGGCCUGGCGUACCUCCACGACAAGAAGUGCGUGCACGGCAACGUGCGGCCGAGCAACAUCCUCCUGGACGCGGACAUGGAGCCGCUGCUCGCCGACCUGGGCAUCCACCGGCUGGUCCGCGGCGCGGGGGACAGUAGGCUCAAGCCGGCGGGGCGGUUCGGGAGUAAGCGAUCGGCCAAGAGCCUCCCGGACCUGACGCCGCCACCACAAAUGCCCGGGACGGCAGGGUCGGGGAGCCCGUUCGCCGGACCGUCCUCUCCCGCCGACGCGGCGGCGCACUACCAGGCACCGGAGGCGGCCAAGAACCCGGCGAAACCGAGCUCCAAGUGGGACGUGUACUCCUUCGGCAUGGUGCUGCUGGAGCUGGUGGCCGGGCGCGCGCUGUCGACCGUGGAGCUGUACCAGUGGACGGGCGGGGAGGAGCAGGGGCAGCAGGCGUUCAUGCUGGCCGACGCGGCGCUGCGGGGGGAGAUGGAAGGGAGGGAGGAGACGCUGGCGAGCUGCCUGAGGCUCGGGUUCGCGUGCUGCGCCAUGGCGCCCAACAAGAGGCCCGCCAUGAAGGACGUGCUCCAGGCGAUCGACAGGAUACCUUCUCCUUCUUCCUCUUCCUCUGCGCAGUGACAUCCUCGAAUGUUUUGAUCAUUCCUUCUCUUCUGAGUUCUGCUCGUCGAUUUCUCUCUUCCUGCUGCUUGUGCAUUACUCUGCUCUACUAGUUUCUUGUUUGUACCAUGAUUUUUUCCCGAUCCGAUUUCUGAAAGGAAUUGGGCGCGUACGUGUUUGUGCAUGU